AUGCUUAUAAUUUCAGCAUUUUUAAUAAUAUUCCUAAUUUAUUUGAUAAUUCGACUUCGCCAACGAUGGAUUGUUUUUGGACUUCGAGACAAAAUUGGAUUGAAAGGACCACCGGCUCAUUGGUUUUUUGGAAGUUUGUUGGAUAUUUUGGAGAGGCAAAAAAAGAAUGGUGGAUUGGAUGAUUCGAAUAUGUGGCAUUUGGAAUUGCAUAAGAAAUAUGGCGAUAAAUUUGGGUGAGCAUUGGGGAGAAAAUAAAAUGCGAGAUAUCCAUGGAGCGCGCUUAGUUUUUUGUUACAUCAAAUGUGAGCAAUGAUUUUCUUUUUUUUUCAGAAUAUAUUUCGGCACAAACUUUUUCAUAAAUUUAUCUGAUGAAGAAGAUAUCAAAGAAGUUUACAUCAAACAAUUCCGCAAUUUUUCCGAUCGAAGUCUUGCUCCAUUUUUUGAUGCUGGAAGUAAGUGGAAACUGAACUAAAGAAAAAUAAGUAAAUUUUAAUUUCUGAAGUAGAAAGAGUAUUCAGAGCAAUAAACUAAUCUGAAAUUGAUAAAUAUUAAUAUUUUGAAACGUACAUUUACUAGGUAAACAAUCCUAAAUAAUUAGAUUUUUUGAUAGUGUAGCCUAAUUUUUAAAAUUAUUGAAACGUAUAUUUUUCAGACUUAUCUCAAAGCAUGAUGUGUUUGACAUAUGAAAAUGGUUGGAAAAGUGCGCGAAACAGUGUUUUGCCAGUAUUUUCAUCUGGAAAAAUGAAACAACUUUUUCCUACGAUUGAGAAAAAAGUGGCACUUAUGCUUGAAAUUUUGGAGACGAAGGUUGGAACCAAGUUUGAUAUUUAUGAGUAGGUUUUAACUUUUUAAUUUUUUCAAGUUCUCAAUAUUCAUAGCUUUAAAAAACUGAAUAGAAGAUAAACGUUCUGAAACACUUUUUUUUAAUUCAAAAGUUUUUCCCAGAGAUUUCCAAGCUCUCACUCUUGAUGUUAUGGCUGCAGCUGCAUUUGCUGUUGAAUGUGAUUGUCAGCGAAAUCGAGAUGAUGUAUGUGAAUUUCCUUCACACAGUUUCUCAUUCUUUCCUCAACUUUCCAAUUUUCUUCCAGCUUUUCUACAAAGAAACUCGUGAAUAUAUGAGAGAAUUACAUUUCCGUGAUACUCCUUUAAUUGCUUACACAUUUCUUCUUCCCGAAUUACAAUUCCUUUGGAAAACAAUCUAUCGAUUUUCGAAAACCUAUGCUUGCGAAUUCCCAAUUAUGAAAGCAUUGACUGAAGUUUAUGAUAGAAGAAAAGCUGGAGAAGCAUCCGAAAGUGUAGAUAUUCUAAAAAUGAUGAUCGAUAAUGAAGGAAAAUUCAAAGGUUUUGGAAAACGAGAAAUUCUUCAGAAUUCCUUUGGUUUUUUAUUGGCUGGUUUUGAAACAACAAGUAUUUCAUUGACAUAUUGUGCUUAUUUAUUAUCAAGAGAUUUGGAAGUUCAGCAGAAAUUGUAUGAUGAAAUUAUUUUGACAAGAGAUUCUGUUGGUUUGAAUUAUGAUACAAUUCAUGAAAUGAAAUAUUUGGAUGCAGUUUAUAGAGAAACAUUGAGAAUGUAUCCACCAGUUAUUCAGUGAGUUUUAGAAAUUACAGUAACCCUAAUCAAUGUUUAACAAAACUACAAUAUUUUUCAGUUUGCUGACUCGAACAACCCUAAAUGACACUUAUGUUCGUGGACAACUUAUCCCAAAAGGUGCAAUUGUCUCAAUAGUCCCUCAUUCCGUCCAUCACAACGAAAAAAAUUGGCCAAAUUCGUUCAAAUUCGAUCCAGAAAGAUUUAUCGAUUCAAAAGAGGCAAAUAUCAAUUCAUUAAAAUGGAUUCCAUUUGGAGUUGGACCUCGAAAUUGCACCGGAUAUCGAUUUGCUGAAAUGGAAUUCAAAACUGCGUUGGCAAGAAUUAUUGAGAAAUUUGAGAUGAAAUUUCCAGUUGAUGGAACUGAUGUUGCACCGGAUUGUAAUGGAGUUAUUAUGAGACCAAGAGAUCCGAUGAAUAUUGAUUUGAAAGUUAGAGAUGAUUAUGUAUUGGUGAAAUGA